AUGUCAACAUUCAGACCAGUAGCCAGACUAUUUGCCCUAGGACUCGCACCGGCCGCCUGUGUCGGCGCCUCCUUUGCGCUCCGCAAACCCGUCAAGUUUGAUGCGCUUCAGCCAGCGCCCGUUUCACAGCAGCUGCGUCGACGAGGUGAAGUUCACUCCCCCGACCGACUUUCGCCUCGGAUUAUUGAGCAACUAUCACGCGGGAGUAUCCUUGGGUUUGGAGCCGGCGUGGUCAUUGCCUUCUUCUCACGCACUCUGGUCUUUCUCAGCGGUCUAGUAGCAGGGUCUCUGCAGGUCGAUUGCGUCAAGAAUGGGGGUCGACGUCUUCGGCCUGAUCCCGAUCGACCGGAGGAUCUUGACCGAAUCAGCAGUGCUUAG